AUGUGCGUACCGCCCGCUGACUGGCUGUGCUGCAGGGAGGGGUCGUCGGACCGCGCGCCGCUGCGGCCGGGCAAGGUGUCGCCCAAGCUGGAGGUGCCUGCGCACAUCAAGCGGCCGCCGUAUGCAGACAGUGGCAUGAUGCCAGACUGGGACCCCAACCCCCAGAUCCACGAUGCGGCGGGCAUUGAGAAGAUGCGGGCAGCGGGGCGGCUGGCGGCGCAGGUUCUUGAGAUGGCGGGCGGCAUGGUGGCCCCGGGCGUGACCACCGACGAGAUUGACAGGGCGGUGCACAGGAUGGUGGUGGAGGCGGGCGCCUACCCCUCCCCACUCAACUACGGCCGCUUCCCCAAGAGCGUGUGCACCAGCGUGAACGAGUGCAUCUGCCACGGCAUCCCCGACUCGCGCAAGCUGCGGGACGGGGACAUCAUCAACAUCGACGUCACCGUGUACCUGGAUGGCUACCACGGCGACACCUCACGCAUGUUCUACGUCGGCAGCGUGUCGCCCGCAGCCAAGAAGCUGUGCGAGACGACCAAGCAGGCGCUGAACGCAGCCAUCAAGGUGUGCGGCCCUGGCGUGCCCGUCAAGGAGAUUGGCGCCGCCAUCCAGGCUGUGGCUGACAAGCACAAGUACGGGCUGGUCAAGGUGUUUGUGGGGCACGGCGUGGGCACAGUCUUCCACUCGUGGCCACACGUGGCGCACCACAGGAACAAUGAGCCUGGGGUGCUGCAGAAGGGCAUGACCUUCACCAUAGAGCCCAUGUUCACCAUCGGGCGCCCCCAGGAGCGCUACUGGGCAGACCAGUGGACGGCGGUGACGGCAGACGGCAGCCUGUCAGCGCAGUGGGAGCACACGCUGCUGGUAACGGACAGCGGCGUGGACAUCCUCACCGCCUACGAGUAG